CUCAGUUCCCCCACUGCUUCAACCUUCAGUCUCUUCCGCAACAGACAGGGAAUCUCUUUGCCUUUGUAGGGCAGAGAAGUUCAGGUAUCUUUAGGUUAUUUUCCAGCUCAGGACUUUCAGGCAUCUACCAACAAACAAAGACAAUACUAAAAACAGUUCCAACAAACGUUGCUGUUCCCUUCAGGACGUGACGGAUAGCUGUGCUCCCUGUGCCUGUAACCUCCUGCCGACCUGUCUGGGAUGUGGCCAGUGCUGCUAGGUGUGUUCACUGCUCUGGUGGUGGCCUGGGUGACCAUCUACAUCCUAAAUUAUUCCAAGAGGAAGAGGGUAUUUUCCCAGGAGUGCCUGCGACCACCAGGGCCGUUGGUGACAGACAAGAAGCAGAGAGAUGGGGUGCUGAAGAAAGGUGAGUCAUGGUUGUCAUGGCUACAGGACUCAAUGUUGUUUGCUGACAUUUUCACUAAGUAAGAUGGGGGAAUAGUUAGCUGUGUUUUUGAACCGCUGUUGAAAAUGACGACAUGCUAUGACUAGAAGAAACAGGAAGAUAUCCAUAUCUGGAUUGGGUUACUGUAUACAAUGUGAAAUCUGAUCUGUCUGAAAAAGCCAUACCUGACAUACUGUAAGCUUCAACAUUAUGUGCUUAAACAAUGAAUGGUUACUUGACUGCAACACCCUAACUUUACAAGGGUACAAAUAUGACUAAGCAUUUGAAUGACAUAUUAAAACAAUAGGUGUGAGGCAUGUGCAUGGUGUGACAAACGUAGCUCUUGGAAAUAUCACAUUUGAGUUCAACAUUUCCUUAAAUUUCCUUUUCUUUGUGAGUGGAUGACGAAAAAGGAAGAAGUCCAUUCACGUUGCAUCAAGUUUCUGCCAGACUGGUUGAUUCCCCAGUGAUCGUCUGUCUAAAUCACUUUGAUGUUAUUCUGAAUGAGUGUUUUAAGAAUCGACUUCAACACUAACGUGAAAAUGACAGAGCAGAAAGUACACAAACACACUUCACUUAUGAAUAUGAUAUCCUCUUUCUGCCUAUGUCUAUGAUGAUAUUAACGCAGCCCCUCCCCCUAUCAACAUUUCCAGGUUUCAGAAUGGACCGUGUCCCGGAGAACCUUGACGCUAUAGUGAUUGGCAGCGGUAUCGGGGGUCUGACAGCAGCGGCGGUUCUAGCCAAAGCAGGGAAGAGGGUUGUGGUUCUAGAACAGCAUGACCAGGCUGGAGGCUGCACUCACAGAACCAGGGCUUUGAGUUUGACGUAGGUAAGAGCCACUGUGACAGAACCGACCAUGGACUACACUCAUAAGGCCUUAAUGUUUAUGUACUCAAGUUGAUCGCUCUGGUAAGGUUCCUCUUCUUUGUUCAUCUCAGUGAAAAAGCAGAGCUUGUUUCAUUGAGUACUUACAAAGCGAAAACUAGUCUCUGGUGAGUGGUGACAGACGGCCAGCGCUCACGCAAUAGUUGGUUCAGGGUUGCAGAGAUUAAGCAAGAAGUAAGUGGUGUUUGAUAAACUCAAUCUAGGCACAAUCAUAAGGGAGGAUCAUUGGGUAGGAUAAGCUUCUAAUACAUACACAAAUGAUCCAGCAAAUAUUCUCUCACCACCUCCACCUCCGUCAGGGAUCCACUACCUGGGCCAGCUCCAUGAGAACAGCAUGUUUCGUGUGGCCCUGGACCAGAUCAGUGAAGGUCAGAUCCAGUUCACCAGGAUGGAGCAGCACUUUGACACACUGAUCCUAGGUCAGGGUGAAGACCGCAGGGACUACCACAUCCUCUCUGGGAAGACGGAGAUGGCAGAGAGCCUGAAGAGGCAGUUUCCUGAUGAUGUGGAGGCCUUGAAUGAAUAUUUCAAGUAUAUGAAGGUACUGUGUGUGCGUGUGUGUGUGUGUGUAUGUGUGUGUGUGUGUGUGCAUAUGUGUGUGUAUGUGUGAUCAUAACCCCUCUCAUGUCUCCCCAUGCUGCAGAAGGCAGCUCGUCGCAUCAAUCUCCUGGCCGGACUCAAGAUGAUGCCCAUAUGGCUGGUACACUUCCUGGCUCGGACCGGCCUAUUAGAGCGCAUCUCCUCAGUGUUCCGCAUGGCCAUCACCAAACACACAGAGAAGAUGGCCACUCUGACCAAGAACAAAGACCUACACGCCCUCUCCGCAUACCUCUUCUAUGGUCAGUCCCUAUACACAUCCACUCCCAGGGUGAAUUCCAAUACGUUUUUAUUGGACAACUAUUUUCCCGAACUGAACAUACACACUCUUGCUAGUUUACAACCUAGUCCUGGAACCUACAACUGAGUGCUGUUAUGUGAAAUUGAACUUUAAUUGGAUGUCCCUGACUGUGUUUCCCCUGCUGGUAGGUGUUCCCCCUAAGGAAUCCAGUUUCCUAAUGAAUACUCUACUGCUGCAGCACUAUAAGAGGGGAGCCUACUACCCCAUUGGAGGGGCCAGUGAGAUCGCCUUCCACAUCAUCCCAGUCAUCCGGAAGGCAGGUGGCGCUGUGCUGGUCAGAGCCCCUGUACAGAGGGUCCUUCUGAAUGAGGAGGGCUCAGUGUAUGGUCAGUAUCUAGUUCAGGGGGGAAAGCACUAAAGCAAUGACUCAUUUUACUAUUAGAUAUGCUUACUGUUGACCAUCUUCUAUGGGAGUAUUUGGCGUUACAUUAGACUCAUUGUGUUGUGAGUAGUUGGCCUAUGACCCCUGACCUCUGGUUGACCACUGGUUGUCAGGUGUGAUGGUGAGGAAAGGUCAGGAGGAGGUGGAGGUGUUGGCUCCAGUGGUCAUCUCCAACGCUGGCAUCUUCAACACCUUUGAGAAGUUCCUGCCCCCAGAGAUACAGGCCAAGCCGGGUGAGUGGUGGUGGUCAUGAAUUGUACUGAACUCUAGCCAUGCUGAACUUUUACUGAAACAUCAGGAAACAGGUUGAAGCGUGAGAAGACGUGUGACGAGUAGACAGUGUUUGACUAAUUUGGACUAAUCAAGAUGUGUUCUAUGUUCCCAGACAUCCAGGCCCUGCUGGGGAGAAUGCAGCAUGGAAUGGGCAGCUUCCUGGUGUUCGUGGGUCUGGACGGCACCAAGGAGGAGCUGGGCAUCACCUCUAUGAACUACUGGAUGUACAAAGAUAACGACCUGGACACACUGUUAGUACAGUAUCGGGUCUCUUGAAUUGUAUUCUCUUUGAUUCUUUAAUUUGCUUGUUCAUUCGGUUUUUGUUCACACCAUUUGUGUUCUAUUGUGUUCUAUUUUUAAUUCAGGGAUGGGCAACUCCAGUAAUUGGGGGCCUGAUUGGUGUCACACUUUUGCCCCAGCCCCAGCUAACACACCUGACUAAUCAACUAAUCAUGAUCUUCAGUUUAGAAUGCAAUUAGUUUAAUCAGCUGUGUGUGCUUGGGAUGGGGGGAAAGUGUGACACCCAUAGCCGCGAGAAGUAGGGGCGCUGAGGGUGCUGCAGCACUCCCUGAUAAAUCACCCUAAAAAUAUAUUAAUAUAAAAACAAAAUACAAAAGUUUCCUACCAAAUUAGUGCACUAGGCUUUAAUUACUUACUUCUGUAUGAGCGGAGAAAAAUACAUUAAAUUAACUGCAGUUGAGGUCCCUUAUACUUUGAGGGCCUUAACCACAGUAUUAUAUGCCUUUAUUUUGAAAUCACAUGUAGUCUUUUUUUUGGGGGGGGGGUGGAUCAGCUUAAUAUUGCAGAUAGAUUGUAUCUUCUAUCAAUGUAAUUGUCUGCAUCACUUCCAAUCCCCCAUGUUUUUUAUAUAUAUACUCCCCUUUAUUACUUUUCAACCCCGCCAUCCUUUCCCUACUUGGAGUAAAUUAGUGAACAACAAUGCCCAGGCCUCUACUUCCGAUCUAUACUUACUAUCUACACCUUAUGGACAGAGUUAAUUUUACAAUAAUUUUAUUAUAUAUAUAUAUUAUUUAUUAAUUUUUUGUUCCUGAACUUCUUCUACUCUCAACCUCUCCGAUCAUUUUCAUGAUGUCCAUCCGGUUUGCAUCUAUAUGCCAUAUCUUUCUGACUGUGCUCUUUCCCAAAAGCUCCCAACAUACAACCUAUAUACUUAUUAUGGACACAGUAUGCUUACAUUAUAAGCUAUCUUUGUUAUUAUUUGUUGUUAUUUGUUAUUAGUCCCAUCCUUCAACUCUAUUCAAUACCUGUAGUCUUACUGCAUGUGGAAUGUUUUGAUUGUAGGAUGGAGCGCUACAGCUCUCUGAGCCGAGAGGAGGUGGUGGGGAACAUCCCCAUGAUGUUCAUUCAUUUCCCCUCUACCAAAGACCCCACCUCCAGUACCCGCCAUCCAGGUAGCUGCCUCAACAACACACCUGCACCAAUAAUAAAUCAAUCACAUUUUAUUUGUCACAUGCUUCGUAAACAACAGGUGUAGACUAACAGUGAAAUGCUUUCUAUAUAGACUAUAACACAGUAUUUGAAUUCAUAGAGCGUUCAUCACACCCACGGAAACUCUGAAAAGACUGAGAGUAAAGCAUGGUAAAUCAAAUAAAACAUUUGAGAUGAACAGUGAUGAACAGUACUUCAAUGCUGCUGACUAAGGUCUAUUUUCAUACAAAAAUGGCAGAUAGUUUCAGACAUUAAUUAUGCAGAGUUCAAAUGAUUGUGUUCUAAGACUCUCUCUCCACCUCCCAACAGGGAAGUCCUGUAUGACUCUGUUGACCAUGGCCAAGUUUGAGUGGUAUGAGGACUGGAAAGAUACCAAGGUAAACAAGAGAGGGUCCAAUUACGAAGACCUGAAAAUGAGCAUGGCCAAGGAGCUCCUAGACUGGGCACUGGUCAUCUUCCCUCAGCUCAGGGAUAAGGUACUUUAAAAAUCUAGCGUCAUUUGAACAUAACUUGCCAAAAUAUAUUGUCAUAUUAAAUUUACUGAUGUAUACAGUAGAGUAGAGUUUCUUGGACAAUCCAAAGAGGCAUUAUAAUUCAUUCAUUGUGCUUGAAAUCAAUCUUAUUUGAGCCAAUAAAGUCAUCCAAUUGUAAUGAUGUCUCAUACCUGCUGGCUGCCUCUGUGCAAGAUGUUGAAAAGACGUUGAAAAUACAUAUUUUUGGUUGAAAGUCAUUGAAAAAACAUAUUUAAACCAAUUCUGCUCACUGGAUACCUUGUGUCUCUCUACAGGUAGUGUAUAUGGAGGCUUCCACGCCCCUGACCAACAUGCACUACCUGGGUGCCCCGCGUGGGGAGAUGUAUGGGGCUGAACACAACAUGGACCGCUUCAGCCCAGAGACGGUGGCCAGAACCCGGCCCACCACGCCCGUCAAGGGACUCUACCUCACCGGUGAGAGAGAAAUUGGUCACUGUGCUAGUAUUUGAGUUGUAUUUGAGUACAUUGGUCACAAAGGCACAAGGUGAUGGUUGACUGUGGCAGUUCUAUGAGUUAGUCAGUAGAGUAAUAUGCAAGAACUGAAAGUCAUUUUAAGGUACUACCAUGGAUAAUACUGUUUCUGGUCUAUGCUAGACGGUUCUACACAUUGUACAAACUUACCGUCAGUAGUUUUCAUAUCAGCAAACCCUUUGUCUUGUUCUGAACCCCAGGCCAGGACGUGUUCUGUAACGGGAUGGCCGGUGCUUUGCACGGAGGAAUCCUGUGUGCCUCGACAGUUCUGGACCGUAUUCUCUACAUGGACCUCCUGGCUCUGAAGAAACAGCUCAAAAAGCUGACCUGUGAAAAGGCUCGUAACAAGGCCUGAGAAACCAUUUGGACACAGCACUGACCACAGUCAAAAUCAUUAUAUAAACCAAUAUCAUGUAGUUACGUACGUUAUGUCAAAUUCCUUCACCCUAUCAAUUUCAUGUAACAGUGCCAAUUUGUCUAAUAUUGAAAUAAAAUACUGUAUCUUUCUUUAUUACCUGUUAUGGUCACGUGUUGCCAUCUCCUUAGCCUUGUUUGAUGAUGUUCGAAAAAAAAAUGGC